AUGCCCACCCUGGACACCAGUGAGCCCGAGGCGGACCGCACAGCGUCGCCCGUCGUCCGUCGCAGCGCCCUGGGCUGCACCAAACUGCGAGACAGCUGCCACUCCUGUGCCACCUCCAAGAUGAAAUGUCCGAAAGAAAAGCCCUCGUGCUCCAAGUGCGAAGCCCGAGGCAUCGAGUGCCAGUACUUCUUUGCGAGGCGCCCGGGACGUCGACGCGAGGACGGCUCGGGGCACCCGACCAGCUGUACCAGCAGCAGCAACUCCUCCUCCUCGUCGAAUCCAAAGUCCAUUCUAGACAAGGACACUCGCAGCGCCCUCUCCCUAUCUGGUGACACAAUCGAGGUCGUGGGACUUUCUCACGGCACAGCCCCCUCCACCAGUUUACCUGCGAGCAACGGCUUCCUCGAUACUCCUCAGACUGCGCUGACGACCGAUAAUGUUCUGGGCCAAUAUUCUUCAGACCUCUCUUCCGUGCUGGCGGACUCGACUAUAUUGAACGAUAUCGGAUCGCUUCUCAUACCGGAGACCGUCAGUUUUGGCCUGGGCGCGUUGGACUCCAAUGACCCUCUGAAUGCAUCAUUCGCGGUGUCGUCUUGGGUACCCUCGCUUGCCUCGAACGUUCCAACGUCGUCCACUACAGACCCUACUAUGAUGAUGAUGCGCGCGCCCACCACCGACAUAUCCUGUGGCUGUGUGACCCAGGCUCUCGAUCUGUUAAAAGCGCUGUCGUCGGCUCAGUCUUCCCCCGCCUCCCCGAUUUCCGGCACGGGUCCGGCGCUCUCAUCAAGCAUGACCGCUAUGGGCUCUGCGCAGGCUGUAUUGGCAGAGAACAAGCAACACAUUGAGACAGUAAGCAGCCUGCUCUCAUGCGCUUCGUGCACCAAGGACGCCUUCCUGCUUGCAAUCGUCUCCAUGAUCGUGCUCAAGAUCCUGGAGCGAUACGCCUCUGCGGCACGGACCCAGGUUUUGGGCUCAAGGGUAGGCAGCGUGGAGACUGACACGGGACCGAGGUCAGCAAACAGCAUGAUCUCAAGCAGCAAGGACCAGAUAAAGGCGCUGAGCAGCCGUACAUACACCAUGGCCCGGGACGAUAGCGCCAGUGGUUGCGCCCCCGCUCGGCUUGUCCUCAGUGAAUUGCACCGGGUGCAAAGAUUAGUGAAUCUGCUGUCGCCAAAGCUAAAAGGAAGUAAGGCAGGCGAUGCUCGAGGCAUGGAGCACGCAAUUUGGGGCUGUCUCCAGGUAGCAAAUGAAAAUGACAAAACGCAAUCAGCAUUCUUUUCUUCGAAUACGUUGGCUCAGAUGGAGAGCGACCUGCGGAAGAGCCUCAGUUCCUUUCCUGCCGGUACCAUCGAGACGGCAAAUGAGUUGCUGCAAAAAAACCCCGAUAACUACCACAUGUACUUUCGGGAUGUCGGCGGCCAUAACCACAUCGCCCACUCGGUGUUGAGCGUCUUAGCCAUGGGCGGCGGCCCCAGGGAGCUGACGCGGGCAUACGACGACGGCUAUGGAUACCAGCGUUCCCUGCCUCCCCUGGACCUCUAA